AUGGUCUUCUCCUCUAACCCAUUAUUGCUCAGCGUUCCUGACCCCACCUUCGAAUCCUGGCUGCGCGACUCCGGCUAUCUCGACAUUAUCGACGACCACCAGACGACCGCGGCUGCCGCCACCACUAGCACCUCCGUGACAACUGACUCAACAAUAACCAUCCCAAUCACAGGCUUCCUUUUUGGAUUUUGGUCUCUUUAUUUUCUCAUUUAUGGACUCUGCUCUCUCUCUUCACGCUUAACCCAUUCUCCAAGCUCACCACCACUGAUUUCUCCGGCGAAACUCCGUAGUGGACUAAAGGGUUUUUCGGGGAUUUGGGGUCCUAUUCGUUUCCAGCUUCCGUUUCUCAGGCGAGGCUCAGGGUUCAUGAGAAUGUUAAGCGUUAUGCCCGGAAUUAUGCCUCACUUGUUAUCCUUUUCUUUACUUGUUCUCUGUAAAUUGUUUUUCUGUUUGUUUCCUGAGAAAGUUGUGGGAAAAGAAAGAACCUUAGAUAGGUUUUUCAGUGAUAAGUGGGGUUUGGAUAGAUUUCCUGUCACUCAACUGGUCUUGAUUCGCAUAGCACAAUGUGCUACUGCAAUUAUUUUGAUAUGGUUGAAUGUUCAAAUGGCUCUAUGCUGUGCCCUUGGUGUCAGUUAUAUCAGUAUGCAUAUUCUUUUCUACUUUUUAUUGAUGUUUGUCUAAUUUGUACGAGCUUAUAAUUGUAUGUGCCCUGCAGUUAUGAUUUUGCAUACUGCAUUUUGAAAGCUGACUCCAGUAAAGCAACCUUCUCGAGGCAGAUGGAAAUAGGAAAUUGCAUCAAACUGAACAAAAAAAGAUGGCCAACCCACAAUUUGAGAUUUUAUUUUGCGGCUAUAGAUCAACAACUUUUCUUCAAUGAGGUAGGCAAACAACCUCUAUAAAGCAUAACUGCGUACCUGCUGGAUGAUGCUUGAACGAGUGGUAUUACUCAGCACAUGUAAAAUGGAAGAAGAAAAUGCAUUAUUACACAAUGAAUAUGUGAUAAUCGCUAUUGUUUUGGUUUCUAUCAAUCAUUUGCUGAUGACUCCUCUAUAAGGAAGUUUUGCUGGUUUAACUUUGUAUAGCACCUCUUCCUCCCCAGAAGUUGGCUAAUUCAUUCAGAGUUUGCAAUUAAACAGUGCUCGGCACUCAAAGUCCAAAAUUUUGCUACAUGAGAACUCGAAUCAAAUUUCAAGAGGUGAAUAUGAUUCAGUUCAUAGAUUUUGUUUUUCCUGUAAUCUUAGGUUGUAAGCAAGCCUAUCAGUCACAAAUUUGUAACUAAACCAUCAAGGAUGGUUGCCAUCUAGAGAUUCAAAUUAGAAAAUUUCGUGGAAUGGUUUGUUGAUGUUGUUUCAUGGCUGAGUUCUCCAAUACUCUUUCAGUUACAGCUGUUCAUUUUGAAUCCACCAUUUAGUGUAAUAUGCAGAGGUGUAGAGUCUAGACAGCCUUCCAUGUUGCCUGAAAUCCCAUUAGCCACUGGGUUUGAAUGCACUGGAGACUUUAUUGAUGGCUUGCUUGCCUUAAAGAACUUGGCAUAGAUCAAAGCAUAUCUUUUACUUAAAAGGUUUCAAGAAUCUACAUGGCCAAAGUGGAAGUGUUUGUGCCAGUGGCAGCUGUAGGUUGCCUUCAUAUGAAACUUGGAAGGAUCCAUUGUAAAAACUUCUGGCCACAGAAUUGGUUCAAUUGAA